CGCUCUCGCGGGAAAGCAGGGAAGUCGGAGAACUGGAGAGAUGGGGACCCUGGGGAGGUGGCGGAUCGGAGUCUAGGCGACGGGGCGAGACGGGGCCGGUAGGUGGUGGGAGGGGGCCGGGCCGGAGCCGGCAGGAGGGCCAGGCCCGGAGGCCCCCACCCUGGCGUGCCCGCCCCGGCCGCGGCUGAGGAGGAGGAGGAGGAUGAUCUCCAGAUACACUCGGAAGGCGGUGCCACAGAGCUUGGAGCUGAAAGGAAUAACAAAACAUGCUCUUAACCAUCAUCCCCCUCCAGAGAAGCUGGAAGAAAUUUCCCCCACCAGUGACAGCCAUGAGAAAGACACAAGUUCCCAAAGUGAGUCUGACAUCACAAGAGAAUCACCUUUUACAUCAUCCGACACUGGGAAUUCACGGUCUGCUUUUCCAAGUUAUGCAGGCGGAGGGAUAUCUACUGAAGGCAGCUCGGACUUCUCCUGGGGAUAUGGUGAACUUAAUCAAAAUGCCACUGAAAAAGUCCAGGCAAUGUUCAUGGCCAUUGAUGAACUCUUGUAUGAGCAGAAGUUGAGCGUGCAUACCAAGAGUCUACAAGAAGAGUGCCAACAGUGGACAGCCAGCUUUCCUCACCUCAGGAUUCUAGGUAGGCAGAUCAUCACUCCAAGUGAAGGUUACAGACUGUAUCCUAGGUCCCCUUCUGCUAUUUCAGCUUCAUAUGAAACAACCUUGUCUCAAGAAAGAGAUUCUACUAUAUUUUGUAUAAGGGGGAAGAAGUUACAUUUUUCCUCUUGUUAUGCUCAUAAAGCAUCUUCCAUUGCCAAAUCCUCUAGCUUUUCUUCUAUGGAGAAAGAUGAGGAAGACUCUAUAAUUGUCUUGGAAGGAAUACUUGAGGAAUACCUAGCAUUCGACCAUACAGAUAUGGAAGAGGGAUUUCAUGGGAAGAAAUCAGAAGCAGCUACAGAGAAACAGAAAUUAGGGUAUCCUCCCAUUGCUCCGUUUUACUGCAUGAAAGAGGAUGUCCUUGCUUAUGUGUUUGACAAUGUAUGGAGCAAGGUUGUGAGCUGUAUGGAGCAGUUGACACGUAGUCACUGGGAAGGAUUUGCCUCUGAUGAUGAGAGUAAUGCUGCAGUUACCAGACCCAAUUCAGAAAGUCCCUGUGUGCUGAGUGAACCACACCCUUUGGUGUUACCACGAGUGCCACAGUCUAAGGUGCUGUCCAUCUCAAAUCCGAUGAGUCUCUGUCAAGCAAGCAGUCAUCAGCCAAACAUGAAUGGUCUCUUGGUUCACGGGAUGCCUCUACAGCCAAGAAAUCUCUCCCUAAUGGACAAGCUCCUAGAUCUUGAUGACAAGCUACUUCUGAGGCCUGGGUCCAGUACCAUCCUUUCAACUCGAAAUUGGCCAAAUCGAGCUAUGGAGUUUAGUACAUCAUCUCUGUCAUACACAGUGCAGUCCGCCAGGAGACACAAUCCACCACCACGAACCCUGCAUCCGAUCAGCACCAGCCAUUCAUGUGCUGGAACACCAAGACCUGUGGAAGAAAUCCUCAGAGGAACCCGAGUAUGCAGUUGCACUCCUGUUGCCCAGGCUGGGAUGCAAUGGCAUGAUCAUGGCCCACUACAGCCUCAACUUCCUGGGCUCAAGUGGUUCUCCCACCCCAGCCUCCCAAGUAGCUGGGAUCACAGCCCGGUGGCAGCUGACUUGCUUUCCUCUCCCUCACCAAUGCCUCUGAGUCGAAAUAAUCUACUACCACCUAUUGGCACAGCUGAAGUGGAACAUGUGAGCACUGUGAGGCCACAAAGACUGAUGAAACCCCAUGGUGAUUCCAGCAGAGCUCGAAGUGCAGUGGUGGAUGAGCCUAACUAUCAGCAACCCCAAGAAAGGCUCCUUUUGCACGACUUUUUCUCCAGGCCCAACACAACUCAAUCAUUUUUGCUGGAUACACAGUAUCAUCGCUCAUGCGCAGUUGAGUAUCCUCAUCAGGCACGACCUGGUAAGGGAUCUGCAGGUCCUCAGUUACAUGGGUCUACAAAAUCUCAAAGCAGAGGUGGACCAGUCUCUCGAACCAGGCAGGGACCUUAAGGCAAAUGAGAAGAACCUAUCAGGCUGCAGAAAACACGAGAUUUCAUGAAGCAGUGUUCAGUCAUCAAGUGAUGUAGAGCUUGUACAGAAGAUUGAUUAGAAACCAUCUUCAUGAAGAGUGAUUUUGGCACAAGUGACUGAAGAACAAAACAGCAUUAUCUGCCAAAAAUGACAUGAGUGUUGUUUCUACCUCCAGUUACUCUUUCAGCAUAAAUUAACCUACUCCAUUGGAAAGGAAAGUUUGUACCCAAAGAUGCAACAAUGAAUAAUACCCAAAUAAUUGCUCAUGUUGUCUCUUAACAAUGAUCAGUUCAAUUAUAUAGGAUUUGAUGAGCUCACACAUACACAAAAAGCAGCAAAUGAUCAGUGACAAUAUUACUGGCUUCAGAAUACUUCAGCUUGUGCUCAUUUCUGGAGAGUUAUACUGUUUUAAAUCAUUUUGCUGUCAAAAAUCUGACCUCAUCAAAUAGAUGUCAUUCCUAAAGCUCUCUUUAGAUGUCCUACCCUAUCAGCAUAUUAAAAUGGAAGGAGUGUGUACCUAAAGACAUACAUGUUAAGCAUUGGUGUAAAGUAACUUUUGUAAUAAAUUAUAUUGCUUUUUUUGUUCAGAUAGGACAGCUCAACCUUAAAAUGCCUACCUGAUGCCAGGUUAUGCUUAUUUUCUUACUAAAGUAUGUUACUGGUCAUAUCUUUUUUCCAAAUAUUAAAUGUACCUUGCCAGAUAUUCUCCUGCAACUCUAAGGAAGUCAAUUAAAAAAUAAUUUGUAGAAUCUACUAGUGAGCCACCAGAGUAUAAUUCCUUAAAAGUUUAAGAAAACCUGAAAAUUAAUCCAGCAUAAACAUAUCCUAUAGACAGCAGGAUAUGGGUAUGGAGGAGGAGAGGUUUGACUUUCUGGUUUUACUGUGGACCUUUUCCUAAGGGCACUCAUGAAUGCAGCAAUGGCUUUAACUAUGGCUUAAAUUUAUUUUAAAUUUCACUAAAAUACUAAUCUUAUGCCAAUUUUAGAUCUUAUUAAUUUUCAGAAGAGUUAAACACAAAUAAUCAUAAAUUAGGGUAACUAUUAUACCAAGGUGUUCUAAUGCUAUCAUAUGAAGACAGAUGCUUCAAACAACCUGCAUUAAGUUAUAUUUUUAAUACAAUUAAAAAUUACUUUUAACCUA